AUGUCUGCCAAAUAUAUCGUCUAUCUGGCCGUUCUGGUCUUCGCCACCAUGGCAUCUGCUACCAAUAUCCCCCGCGUUGCUAAGGAGGCUGGGGCCGUCAACCACGCCCGUGGAAUAGAGAACAACGACGUCUUUGCCAGCCUUGUCGCUCGCCAGGUAGAAACUGUUACUGUCACCGCUGUCUCUACCAUUUGUGGCUGCGGACCUGCCCCUGUUCCUUCCACGCCCUCCAGUGUUUCCCAGAUCCUGAGCACUGAGACACCACCUAUUCCAGCCCCCGUUCCCGUGACUUCUUCCAGCAUUAUGACAACUCCCUGGACCACCCCCACUGUCUCUCCUCCAGCCUCCACUGUUGUUGGUACAGGGACCUCCUCUGUGGCCAAGAGCUCAAGCCUUAUCUCCUCUGCUCCCAAGGUCACUCCUUCAACCUCUAGCACCAUUCCCUCCGCCACCCCUACCCCUCCACCCUCAAACAACGAUGCAAUCCGCAACGGCGGCAUAGGGAUUGCAAUUCUCGCUGGUGCAGUUGGUUUUGUUGCUCUCGUAGCAAUGUAA